AUGAACGCCUUGCGCGGCAUGCAGCAGAUGCAGGCGGGCGGCAUGCAGCGGAUGAUGAUGUUCCAUCACAUGAAGGUCAUGCAGCAGAUGCAGGCCAUGGCAGCGAUGCACCAGCGACAGCAAGCCCACGCCCUGUACGUGGCGUACCAGGCGCAGGUGUUGGCCCUUCGAGGCAGGCAGCGGUCAGAUCUUUCCGCCCAUCGAGGCGAGCACGCUCGGGCCACGGUGCGCCAGCAGAUGGCGCAGCUGCGGGCCGCCAGGCAGCACCAGGAGUCCCAGGCGCAGGCGCUGGUGUGGCAGCAGAUGCAGCAGGAAAUGCAGCAGAUGUAUGAGCAGCAGGAGGGCGAUUGGACGCAAGUUGGCUCCGGCAUGUGCGGCGGCGACGAGUGGGGCGCGCAGUGGGAGGGACUAGGGCGCACGGACAGAGCAGAGUGGAGGACAGUGCUCGGCGCCAUCGCCUGGGGCACUUCCAUGCUUCAACUCGAAAAGCAGGUCAGACAUGUGUUCACCAGAGCCUACUUAUCCCGCAGACUGAUCACCCCCUUCAAGGCGUACUGGGCGCAGCGCCCGCCGAUCGGCACAAGGAUCUUCUCCGUCGCCAUGGGCGACGCUCCCGGCCCCAACACCUACAGGCUCAGGACGGUCGAUCCCGCCUGGCUCAACCUCAGGGGCAGGCCCCCUGGGAACGAGGACACGACCCAGGACAAGGCCGAGAACCGCAAGGCCGGCAGAGAACAAUUCCCGGACCCUGGUAACGAUGUGGGAAUCUCAACCGACAGUGCGGGUGCAGAGUAG